UCGGUGCCUCUCUAACCGGAGAGACUGCGUAAUGUUAGCUGCUAGUGUUAGCAUGCACCGCUGCUCAAACGGCAGAGUCAGACCAGUGUUUACCGUCAGAGUCCGACACUCGGAGCAUUAGUUGAAGAAGAGAGGUUUUCCACUGACAUGAAAAUGAAACAACGGAAAGAUUUAUUUUAACUCUAAGCCGUUUGAAAACGAGUCUGGCUGACUUAGCUAGCUAGCAUGUUGUCAGGCUAAGGUCAAGAAGCUGUCCAAUCUGACAGCUAACGCUAACUAACAUGGUACCGAUUCUACAAACGGGAUAUGUAGGAGACAGCCACGCCAAUAGCAGGUAACAUCAGCUCCGGUUCUGACCGCUGGAAACGGGGCUGUGUCGCUCACAAGAUUUCCAACAAGAGGAAGUGGUGACCCUGCCUAACUGACACCCUGCUUUCCCUGCCGUCCCCCCAUCUCUGCCCCCCAGCCCCGUGUCCUGAUUGGAUCUCCGUGGUGCCGGCGGUGGAUUGGAGCACUCUGAUUGGGGGCUUUGCGAGGUGGUUUUUCGGUCUGGCGCCGCCUCCCCCCGGGGCCGGCGUGCGCUCCCAGCAGCCCGUGGUGCCCUGCGCCCCCCCGUCCCCGUCACUGCACACCCGAGCCCAUGCCCAGGGAGGAGGCGCGGUGCGUCCGCCAGGAGCCAUGUGCCUCCCUCACACCAACAACAUGGACAGCAAGCUGCAGGGGGCGGGCACAGGGGGAGGGGCUUCACUACGACCACGAGCAGGAGGCGUUCCACUGGAGCCUUUUAUACACCAGGUGGGCGGUCACACCAGUAUGAUGCGUUAUGAUGACCACACGGUGUGUAAGCCUCUCAUCAGCAGAGAGCAGCGCUUCUACGAGUCCCUGCCUCCUGAGAUGAAAGAGUUCACUCCAGAGUAUAAAGGUGUGGUGCUGGUGUGCUUUGAAGGUGACUCUGACGGUUACAUCAACCUGGUGGCCUACCCCUAUGUGGAGAGCAACAUGGAGGGAGGAGCCGGCGAGCAUGAGGAGCGUGACCCCCCAGAGAGGGAGCAGCCGAGGAGGAAACACUCCCGCCGCAGCCUGCAUCGCUCCUCAUCCACCUCUGAACACAAGGAGGAGCGGCUCGAUCGGAGGGAGGCGCACGACACAGAGACCUCGGAUAAUCUGGCAGAGCUGAAGAGCCCGAGACUCGACCCAAAGGUCCUCUCAGAUGUUCCCUUUCAGAUGCUGGACUGGAACAGCGGUUUGACGUCAGAGAAGAUCAGCCACAAUCCCUGGAGCCUUCGCUGCCACAAACAGCAGCUCAGCCGCAUGAGAUCUGAGUCCAAGGACAGAAAGCUCUUCAAGUUCCUGUUGUUAGAGAACGUGGUGCACCACUUCUCUUACCCCUGCAUCCUGGACCUGAAGAUGGGCACCCGGCAGCACGGAGAUGACGCCUCGGAGGAGAAGGCAGCCAGGCAGAUAAGGAAAUGCGAACAAAGCACCUCAGCGACGCUGGGAGUCAGAGUAUGUGGCAUGCAGGUGUACCAGCUGAACACCGGUCACUACCUGUGCAGGAACAAGUACUACGGCCGCGGCCUGUCGAUCGAAGGCUUCCGCCAGGCCCUCUACCAGUACCUGCACAACGGAAAGGGCUUGAGGCGGGACCUCUUUGAGCCAAUCCUGGAUAAGCUUCGCACCCUGAAAGCGGUGCUGGAGAGGCAGGCAUCCUAUCGCUUCUACUCUUCCUCGCUGCUCAUCAUCUAUGAGGGAAAGGAACCCGAGAGCCCCUCUGUCUGGCAACCGAAGACCUCAGUGUCACCCGCAGAGUCCCACUGUGGCCCGGCCCCCGAUGCACCCUGUGAAACGGACAUGAGCCAGAAGCCAGACACAGGAUCCCUGCCCUCUCAGGGGUCUGGACUGAUGGCUCCGGCCUCCCCAUCACCUUCCCCUCAUCCUCCCACACAAGCCCCGCCCCCUAAGUCAGACUGCCACUCCUUCCUCCCACGCCCCCCAUCGCCUCAUCCAGAAUCCACCUCCUCGGCUCCCAGUUUAGGUUCCUUCCCCUCUCCCGCUCCCCUGCCCCAGCAGCCCCCCUUGGUGGACGUUCGCAUGAUCGACUUCGCCCACUCCACCUUCAAGGGUUUCCGCGGCGACACAGCCGUACAUGAUGGGCCAGACAGGGGCUACAUGUUUGGACUGGAGAGCCUUGUCCAGAUCCUGGAAAGCCUGCGGGACGACAACCUGUAGCUCCAUCACUCACUUCUGUAUCUUUGUGAGGACCUGAGAAGGUUUGUCUCACAGUGCGGACCAGCCUCACACCCAAAGUAUAACUGGUCCUCACAAAGAUAGACACACACACAUAGACAGACACGCACGCACGCACACACACACAUAUACGCACACACACAGCUGGUUGUGAGAUAGUUCAGGUUGUGCUGUCAGUGCAGUUUGUCUAGCCGUGUUUCCAGCAACAAUCGGCUGUAAAUAUGGAACAUGAUUCUCCAGGACAUUGCCGUGCAACUGCAGGGAAGUGGGACAUUGGAGCCAAAAUGGCUGCCAAUUAAAGAUGAUACGGAGAACCAACA